CCAAGGGCUCCUCCCCUGCCGCCAGUGCCGUGCCGCGGCUGCGCGCGCCUCAGGGGGAGCGGAGACAGCGGCGGAGGUGACAGCGGCGGAGGGCGGCGGCGGCUUUAUAUCUAAGAGAAGAUGGCAGAUCCUUGGCAAGAAUGUAUGGAUUAUGCAGUUGCUUUAGCAAGGAAAGCCGGGGAGAUAAUCUGUGGAGCAUUCAGAGAAGAAAUAUCUGUUAUGACUAAAAGUUCACCAGUAGAUCUAGUGACAGAAACUGAUCAAAAAGUAGAAAACUUCAUUAUUUCUUUGCUAAGAGAAAGGUAUCCUUCUCACAGCUUCAUCGGAGAAGAAUCUGUUGCAGCUGGAGAGGGCAGUAUUUUGACGGAUAACCCCACAUGGAUUAUAGACCCUAUUGAUGGAACUACCAACUUUGUACACAGGUUUCCAUUUGUGGCAGUUUCAAUUGGCUUUGUUGUAAACAAAAAGAUAGAGUUUGGAAUUGUGUACAGUUGUAAAGAAGACAAAAUGUACACUGCCAGGAAAGGAAAAGGUGCAUUUUGCAAUGGUCAAAAACUUAAAGUAUCAGGCCAAGAAGACAUUACAAAAUCCCUUUUAAUAACAGAGUUGGGAUCAAAUCGUGAUCCAGAGACUAUAAAAAUAAUUCUUUCUAACAUGGAAAGACUUCUCAGUAUUCCUAUUCAUGGGAUUAGAGCCAUUGGUACAGCAGCUGUGAACAUGUGCCUUGUGGCAGCGGGUGGAGCUGAUGCUUAUUAUGAAAUGGGGAUUCACUGCUGGGAUAUGGCAGGGGCUGGAAUCAUUAUUACUGAAGCAGGUGGAGUACUGCUAGAUGUAUCAGGUGGACCGUUUGAUUUGAUGUCUCGAAGAAUAAUUGCAGCAAGUAGUCGAGCUAUAGGAGAGAGAAUAGCUAAAGCGCUUCAAAUAAUUCCUCUGAAAAGGGAUGAUGCAGCUAACUGAAUACCAAAACUACACCUUAAAUGUAAUGAUAUAAUGUCUCCUACUCCCAUGUGGUGCUUGUUCUACACCUUAAACCUGAUAAAAAGAUAGAUAAGUAGAUGGUAGUCUUUCAGUACUGGUGUGACUAAGUAGAGUUUUGAGAUUGGACCAACAUUCUAAGUAAGCUUUUACUGUUAAGUAUUUUAUUUAACAUCGUGAUUAAUAUAAAGAUUUCUAAAAAGAACCAAAUAUAACAACUGAUAUUAUAAAGUUUUGUACUACACUGGAAGGCAUAGCAAAGACUUUUUGAUGUGUAGAUAAAUAAAAAUCUCUAGUUCCAUAAGUGACUUACCAAAAUUCCCUAUCUGAGCACCACAUCAUCACAUCUGAUACUGACCCCAAAAAGAUGAAGGCAUUAAUGUUUUCCAGUCUAUCUCAUCCGUUGUUUUCUUCAGUGUCAUCAGUGCAUACAUUUCCUUACCUUGUUCCAGUUUUCUAGAAGUAGUUCACACAUUUCCAAAUUUUUUUUUUUAGUCGCUCGUAGUUUUGGCUCUAAAGUCUUUAUUACUUAGCUGUCACUGUUUUUGUAGUCAUCGUUGUACCUUAUUUAUGGUAGAUAAACACAAUCUCUUCUUUAGCCUCCUAUGUGGCCAGUACACUUGCAGAUUCAUUACAGUUGCAGAAAUAAUACUUACUGUGCCAGAAAAUAUGUGCAUCUCCCAGAAAUAAGUUCUGAGCACACCUUCUAUCACCAAAUGGAAUUAAUCUAAGUUAAGAUGAAGUAGAAUUUGCAUCUGACCAUUCAAAUCAGCUGAUGCCAGGUCCUCUAUCUUAUUCUUGGCAGUUACAAGUCCUGUUAAUUUUGUUUGGGCUUCUCUGUGGAUGAGUGUGUUUCAAAGUCUGAGGAAUCAUUAAAAUCCAAGAGAGUUUUCAGUAACUCAGCAGGUGAAAAAAUAAGCCCAUAGUCCAGACUUCUUACAUCAUUUUCUGUAAGUUACAAAAGCGUUGGCCAACCAGGAUUGGGUUUCCAUUGUGUUAUAGAGUGUACAGGCACAAAAGAAGAUAUCUAAACCUGAAGGGUUUAUGAAUCUAAGAAAUAUUAAUUUAAUUCAUGGUGUCAGUUUGUUCUAAACUUUGAACAUUGUACUGAUUCUUUGAAGUUUUGUAUUUAAGAUUGUUAGAAAUACCUCUGUACUGUUCAAAUAAUUAAUGCACUUUAAAAAAAAAAGAUUUAACUUAGAAAAAUCAGUCUAAACAGUAAUCUGUGUCUAAAGUUUCCUAGAGAAAGUUGUCUCAUUGGUGGACUAGUCAAGACACAGCAAUGCUUUGGAAAUCCUGACUUUUUGUACUGUUGUCCCAUUAUUUUUAUUUUGGAAAAUAGUGUUCUCUGUCUUGAGGUUUCAACAGAACUCUUACCAUAAAUUUCAGUCUUUUAUAUCAGCUGAUUUUUGCAGAAAUAUUUAAUUUGAAGGUUUGUCUAGUGCCAGAUGAUUAACAGUAAUGAGAUCAGCCUGAUAAUUAAAGGUCUUGUAAAAAAGCCUGACUUAGAUUAAUUUUACUUUUAAAAUUCCCAUUGACAAGAACAGAAUUUGAGCAUUUCACUGUAACUUUAUUGUUGUAAAUUAUGUGGGAUCAUCAUUAUUUCUUGAGCAGAAUGUCUACUGUACCAUUUCUGUGACUUUUGUAUAACAAAUUCUGCAUGACUUUUUUUUAAACAGAUUUAUUUGUGAGAGAGACGUGUCUAAAAAAUACCUGUGAUGGGAGAACACAUUUGAAAUAAAUACCCUUUACCAGUA